GCAUUUGUCGCAGAUGUGCAUUUUAUAAAAUUAUUAUGCCCACUGUAUUGUAACGGUUUUUAUUCAAAUCAAAACUCCUUUAUCUUUUUUAUCGCUCAUCGAAUAAUUCUGAAAAAUUUAUACAAUACGUGUAACAUACAGUUCUCAAAGCUUUUGGAGCCAUUUUGCUGUGAAAAUUUUGUAAAGUACUGAAAAAAAUAUUUUUCAGAUUUUGUAAUUAUUUUCAAAAAAAUCCUGUCAACUUUGAAAAACUAUAACUAAAAAACGGUAGCGAGUUGAACCAAUCUAUUAACAGUUAUAGAAACUGCAUUAGUUUGUUUAAUUUUCAUCAGAAUAUUGCACCAAUAUUGGAUUACGCAUUCAAAAGUUAUAAGCAUCCAAAGUCGCUGGCUACCCGGGUAGCCCGGUUGCCUGGAAUAUGAUGUAUUUUUGGUUGCCAGUGAAAGGGUUAACGCGACGCGUGCAGUACUCAACCCCGUGCCGGCCUAAACGCAACCGCGCUGUCAACGGCCAAAGGCAAGCAACGGAGCGGGGAGCGACGACGAAUGACGCUAACAACGCCGUCCGGUAAAGGUAACGGGAGGGCCGCUGCGUUUCAAAAUAAGAACCGAAUUCAAACUGCCGUAUACAGCACCCGCGGUGUAUUUAUUCGCUAGGCGGAUUUAAUGAUGCUAGACGAUUCGGUGCGGUAUCGGUAAGCUGAGUGUGUGACAUUUAUUAUUGUGUGCGUGUGUGAUGAAGCAUUGAACCAUUGCCAUCUACGACUGCUGCGAGGCUUGCUGGCGCCUGAACCAAUAUGUUUAUCAACAAAGCGGACCGGACGAGCUGGCUGUGACGCGCUACCCCGCCCUCCCUCCCCCUGCCCUAGCAAAUGAAUGAACAAGCGAUGGAAAAACAGUACCACGAGGUAGCGGCCCGUGCAGUGUUGGGCUACCUCUACGACCACGACAUGUACAUGCUGGCGGAGCAGUUCUGCAUGGACUCUCCGUACCUGCGGGCGGACCAGGGCUCCUUCGAGCUGGGCCGCAUCCCGGUGAACGUGCUGCAGAAGCCCCUGCAGCAAGUGAUGAAGGAAUUUAUCGCGAUGCAAUCGCAGCUCCUGCAGCUGGUUAAUCUGUGCAGCACCGUCGUUGCCUUUCCGCACACCGACUCCACGAUGGUGCUGGUGGACCAUCUGAUCAAUGUGCUGAAAUCGUCCGGCACGGGCCCGGUGCUCGAUGCGGUCAUUACCACCCUGCCGGCUUACAGUGCCGCCUGGGCCGACAGUCAGUCACCGCCACCGUCGCACCCGACGCCACCGCCGGCAGCAGCGGGCCCGCCAACCGCGCUAAACACGUCCGGCUCGAUGCAGGACAGCACCGUCUCCGCCUUCUCGGUGCAGAGCCAGCUCGAGCCGGACCUCAGCAUGAUGCCGGUCGAUCUGAGCAUGAUCGAAACGGUCGCACCGGACCCACUGCCGACGAGCGCUCACAAGCGCCCGCCCGUUUCCGCCGAUCAACCAGUGCCGGUUGAGCAGCACCCCUCACCGGCCUGCGGGCUAGCACAGCAAUCAAACUCGCCCGCCAACCGAUCGCAUCCCCACGUGCAUCCCCAUCAGCUCAGCAAACCACCGCCGGUGACGGUUACGCUGCAAUCGUCGCACGAUACCGAACUGCUCGCGACCAACCCGCCCGAGGUGGCGCCGGUCGGAGCGAGUGACGAAAACGUGCCGCCCGUCGCCACCACCACCGCCGCCGCCGGUGUGACGCUGACCGAUCCACCCCGCUCCAAUGCGACACCGCUGGACAACCCGAUCGUGCCCGGGACGGCCAGCUCGCGGUCCACCUCCAGCCGGAAGCGGACGCACAUCCGCAUACUGGACUUUGGCACGCCGCCGUACAAGCGCGGCAGCCCGUCGACCGGCGGGUACAGCAGCUCGGCCGGCCGCCGCCCGUCACCCCCGCCGAAGGCCGUCACGCCCACCGUGCGUCCCAGGCCCGUGCUGAAGCUGCCGGUGACCGAGGAGGAGCAAGCGACGUCGGCGCCGCCGCCGCCGCCGCCUGCUCAGCCACCGCCGCCAGUUCAGCCACCAUCACCUCCACCGCCGCCGCCACCUGUUCAGCCAUCAUCACCGACACCACCACCACCAGCACCGUCCGCCCAAACCGAACAACCGCAGCCAAAGAAAGAGAUCGUCCAGCGGCGGCCGAAGCGGCCCGAGGAGCAGCAACGAAGCAAACGGGCCGUCGCGAGCAAACCGCAGACGGAAACGAUACCGCGGAGUACAAUACCUACGCCCCCGGCCAAAGUGCCCGCCGUAACGGAACCGGUCCCAACCACCUCCACCUGCCAGCCGAGCACCAGCAGUGCGAUGGUUCCACCGAACCCCCCCAAAGAGGCACCGGCACCGUCCAGCAGUACAAAGUCGCCGAGACGCGGUACCACCACCACCAUCACCACCAGUCAGCCACCAAGCCAGCAUCACACCAAAGCAAAGGAGGUGCCUGUGAGUGUGCGGCCACCGUCCCGCUCGCCGCCCCGCUCGCUGCUGCCGCCCGGGUCGCCCGGCUGCCCGGUCGAUCCGCUGGCCGUCUACCCGAUGACGCCCCGGUUUCUGACCCGGCCGCUCCAGCCGCUCUGCAUGCUGUCGCCGCUGCUCGGCCCCCUCGACAUGAGCGGCGUCAGCCAGCUCAAGUCGGGCAGCCACUCGAAACCGACCGACAUCAACACGCCCGGCUACCCGAUCACGCCCGGGUGUGCGACCACGCCCUCGCCACCGUCGGACAGUGGCCCCGGUGUGUCGUACUACGAGGGCGGCAAACCCACGGAACCCCCGGCACCCGGCGCCGAGCGGGCCGAAGUGGGCGCGCCGGGCGACGACGGGGAAGCGUCCGACGGGGAGGAGGCGGAGCAGUGCUACGAGCCACAGCUGACGCUAGCGGCCGGCAGCGAGGAAAUCAGGAUCGUCUACCAGCGGGUGGGCACACGCCGGCUCGGCACGUUGCGCGAGCGGGACAGCGAGUACGAGGAGCGGCUGGCGUCGCGCAUCGAGAUCGACAACGGGCAGCGGGUGUUCCAGAUUGCCAUCUCGCCCAUCAUUAAUCUGUUCGAACAUGGCACCAAGUAGUGGUAGGAGGGGUACGGGGGGAGAGGGAUCGUAUUCCCACCUGUAAAGAUAUAUAUUUUUUUAAGUCGUAUUUAUAAGAGAGCUUCAAUGUGUGCUCCAAUAUAGGUAGCCUAUUUCGUGCAGGCAUCUCUUCGGGCGAAGAAGAUAGUGCGAGAGAACCAUAGCUUAAGCCUCCGUGCUCUCCAACCUUUUAUCAGCAUCAUGGACUACUACUGCGGCUUUGCUUUUCGAUAUUUUUUUUUCCGCGACCCACAUAUAUUGAGGACAUAUACAGUGGAACCCCUCAUAACGAGUACUAUCACGCCUAACUAGCAAUAUCAUUCGUGUACAGGAUACGUAUUUUAGGAGCUGAUCUGAAAUCAUAAUCAAGAUCGGGGUUUGCAUUUCAUGAAUUAUUUAAUUUUCACUAUCGUUCUUGCAAAUGAGUUUCGAUACUAACAAUCAUUUAGUACAGGGGUCUCCAACUAGUGACGGGUUUAGUUGAGGAAAAUUCGGAGUCGACCCCGAUCCGACUCCGACAAUUUUGGAACCGACUCCGGGACGGUAGGUCCGCUCAGCAUUAUCCGGAGUUGUUCGGAAUCGUUCGGAAUCCGGAGUCAUCCGUGGAGUCGUCUGGAGGCGGAGUCAUCCGGAAUCUUCCAGAGUAAUCCAGAGUCUUCAAGGGUCGACUCCGAACUCCGACAACUUCGAACGACUCCAUUUCCGGACGACUCCGGACGGCUACGGAUGAAUUCAGACUAUUCCGGACGACUCUGGAUGAUUCUGGACGACUCUGGACGACUCCGAACGACUCCGAAAGACUCUGGACGACUCCGGGCGGCUCUAGAUGACUUCGAACGAUUACAGAUGACUCCAGAUUAUUCCGAAAUACUACAGAUGCCUCCGAAUGACUGCGACUCCAAACGAUUCCGGCCGACUCUGGACUACUCUGGGCGACUCAUCCGGAAUCUUUCAGAGUCAUCCAGAAUCUUCCGGAGUCCGACUACAGGCAACUGGAGAUGACUCCGAACGACUACGACUUCGGACCACUCCGAACGACUCCAACUCCGGACAGCUCCAGACGACUCCGUACGACUCUAGACGACUCUGGACGUCUGCUAAUGACUCCAGAUGAUUUCUAACGACCACAGAUGACUCCAGAUUAUUCCGAACCACUACAGAUACCUCCGAAUUCCUCCGACUCCGAACGACUCCAACUUUGGACGACUCCGAACGACUCUGGACCACUCCGGACGACUCAUCCGGAAUCUUUCAGAGUCAUCUAGAAUCUUCCGGAGUCCGACUCCAGGCAACUGCAGAUGACUCCGAACGACUACGACUUCGGACCACUCCGAACGACUCCAACUCCGGACGACUGGAUGUCUCCAGAUUACUCCAGACGACUCCGGAUGCCUGUGGACGACUCCAGACGGAACUAGUGGUUCUCAUUUUGCCAGAGUCGGAAUCUUACUAACAAUUGUCGGAGUGGGAUCGGAGUCGUAGGUGCGCUCCAGAGAGCACAUCUUUUCUCAAAACUACAGCCCGCUGGAGUCUAUAAUGACAUUGGUAAGAUUAAAACGAUUUGUCUAGUUUGUUGACUAUUUCAAUCGAUAUAUUAACUUCUAGAGAAGUCUUCUACCUUUGAAAGACGAAAAUCAAUCUGCAUUAACAGAACAGCUGUAGCAAUUUGAUAUAUUCAGUAAGCAUGUUCUUAUCAAGUUCACCCAUCAGCUAAAGGUAACUGUCAAAAUAGCCCUCUAAGAUUUGGAGAUUUUAAAUUUGCUAUUAGGAAGUUUUGUAUCUGGUUAAGUUCAAAUGUUGUGCGAGUAUUUAAAAAUCAUCUCCCACUGGUUGGUCGGGCGAUUUGAUGCCUUCUGCGAUUACGGAUGCUGGUCUCGAAUGAUUUUCCCUAUACCAAACUUCUAAUACUAAGCAGCAUACUGCAAAGAAGCAUCAUCCGGGCGAAGAUGAUAUCACGUUCAUCAAGAGAAUUUGUCAAGUUUGGAAAAUAUUAAAGAAAAUACUUUAACAACCGACCACUUUUUCAGGAAAAUUGAAGAAAAAUAAUAAUAUUGUUAAAGAAAUAUCGAACUUCCAAUAUCAUCGCAUAUAUCAGGCAUUAGGAAGACCUUUUCAGUUUCUCAUCUGCAUGUAUGAAUUAAAAAUACUAAAAAAGCACAUUUUCGAACCUAGAACCAAUUGUGUAUAGUAUGUAUAUUCAUACAAAAAUUUUGGAAAAGAGUCUAGCAUGGUGUGAGUCACUGGAACGUAUUAAACUCGUUAUGCGGGCUUCCACUGUUGACUUUGUUCAACGCUUUUUGAUCAAAUAUGCUUACUAUUCUUAUUCUAGACAUGCCUGUCGACAUUUUAAUAAUUAUUAUGUAAAAAAACUGUACAGUAUAAUUAGGAUACUAAGCUUUUAUUUAAAAACAAUAUGUCACUGUUUACGCCACUUAUCACAGGUUGGAGACCAUUACUAGGCUUAAGCUACGAAUGACACACAUAUUUUGGUAAAUAAUGUUAGACAGUUACGACGUUUGCUUGUAAGUUGCUUUUUUGAAUUAUUUUAAGCCUUCCACAAGGCAAACAAAAGUCCAUUGCGAAGAGCAUGUCCGUUUUUGAGACAUCGCGUGAUAGCGAGCAAUUCCGAAUGAAGCGCAGGAGGAGGAGCGUGUUUCUUUAGGUUUUAGAAGGAAUGUCUGUAAAACAAUAGCAAAUUGGAGCAUUUAACACUGCGUAGAGUUAACCGAACGGCGGCAUCGUUUUACCUUUUCAACUUUAAAUCGAUUCAUUCAGGCUUAUUCUAUUCUUGCAAUCGAGAUGUCUCGACGUCGAGUUGAGUAUUGCUAAUCGAAACGGGUCCACUUUGUAACUAAACGAUGCACGUGUUCUUUCGAUUACAGAGUCGAUGUUUUGGCAGGUUUGGAUUCCAAUUUUCUGCGAUGAAAAAUUAAGCACUGAUAUGUGUCAAAAUCAAUUUUUAUCAAUUUUCAAUUUUCUCGUCUCGAUUCGAGAAAAAGAAUAGAAUAAUUAUCUGAAUGAAUCGAUUUAAACGGGGCAUUGAAAGUUUUUUUUUAAAUCUAACUAAAUUGAGUGUUUGUUUGCGAAUAGAAUAGUAAAUUCAGCAACGUUAAUGUAUAAGAUCGCUAAUGAGAGAUAGCAACGUUCCCACCGGCGCUCUUGCGGUUCCGUCUAACGUGUCACAAACAUCCCAUUUGGCUAAGCUCAGCCACAAUUAAUUUUCAUCAUGCUGAAUUUGAAAACCGGGCUCUGUUAAAAUGUAUCGGAAUUCGCCUGUAACUAUUAGGAAAUGUAUGAUGUAGGUUUCUUUUUUUCUAUAAAACAUCGUGAAUGCGCAAUUUUGAUAAAAGCCAUUAAAUAAAUCCUUUACAUUGCAUCGACGCUAGUAAAAGUAAUAAUGCGGGGGUUUUCUAACACCAGUUUCGGGCCACACUGUACGAGCUGAGGUGAAGCUGCAUAUUUAUUUCAAAAUAACUUACGAUUAAGAAGUCGCGGCGACAUCACACUUCGAUCAUGCCUCAGAAAAGGUCUUACCAGGGACAGCAAAUAAAAAUUAUCAAAAUUUUGUAAA